UUUAGGUUAGAAAGUUGAGAGUGGUUUUGAGGUUAUCGAAAAAACAUAUUUAGAAACGUUAGGAAAGUUCCUGUCCUGUAUCAAAUAACUUACAAUGAGUACCGCUAUCUAACUGUGUUUUAAUCAAAUUUCUCCAUCUAACUUUUAAAAGCGCCAUCCAAAAGUUCUCUCCUCACCGUUUAGCUGAAUUGAAUUACUGUAACAGCUCACAUUUAGGAUUUAGGUAAUCGUACUCCUUUGCCUGAGAAUCAAAUAGGUGUUUCACUUUCUUUUGUAUCUAAAAAGAUUUUCCUCUCCUCCAACAUGGCUGAAUGCUCAACGAUUCAAAUUAAGAAAGAGAUCAAAACAGAACCGAUCGAUGAAGAUGACGACGCAUUUGUUGUCUGCGACAGCAAUGACUCGGAUCAAAAGCCCAACGGUGACCUACAGCCCACUGUGCGUGUGGAUGUGAAAUGUGAGAUGAACAAUGAUCUCGACACAAUCAUUAAAAUGAGUGAAAGUCUGCGGGGAAAACUUCAAGGAAUCACCUCAGCAAAGAUUAAACCAGUAGAGCCAGAACCUGCUCCAAUUGCAGAAGUGAAAACUGAAGUCACUGAUAAUUGCAUUGUUGUCAUUAACAAGAACCCAGAAAUAGAUGAUCUUCUGGAAAAUGAAGAGGGAAUUUAUUUUGAGUGUGACAUUUGUCUCAUGAGAUUCCAGUCACAAUUCACUUUGAACACCCAUAAACAGGUGCGUCACAAUUCAGGAGAAUUCAGAUGCGAUCUGUGCGGUGUAGUCUGUGAAACGAGUCGCAAGUAUAUUGACCAUCGGCUCUUACAUUUCGCUCCAUCAAACAAAAUGAAAGGAACUUGUCAAGAGCUACAUCCAAACGGAUCCAUGAUGAGGUGGCUUAUCUCGUACAAUCAGGAGCUUGAUCAGUUCGAAUGUGAUACUUGCUUUCUGAAAUUUGAGGGCAUCGAUAGUCUCGCCUCGCACAAACUCACGCACUUGCCUGACUUGAGCUUUUCGUGCAGACAGUGCAAGCAGAAAUUCAGAACAAGACAAUUCCGGGAUCACCAUGUUGAUAACAAGCACAGGCACGCGAGGUUCACGUGUAAAGUUUGCCAUCAAGUUUUGUCAAACAAGCAUAAUCUUGCUCGGCAUAUGAUUUACCACUCAUCGAAGCGGUACUACCAGUGUGCAACAUGCUGCGAGUUGUUUAAGAGAAAAUGCGAAAUUGAAGACCAUGUUCAGGCAACCGGUCAUUAGUAACUGUUUCAAGAUAGUUUCUGCACAAAUAUCUAUAGUUCGGUAAGAAUUCUGACAGUUAUGAUUUAAUAAUAGUGAAAAGGGAACCAGUGUUGCCACAGUCUGAGAAAACUGGGAAAUGUCAGGGGAAACCUGAAAACGCCGAGGAAUUGACGAAAGUGUCCGGGUUAAAUUCUCAUGUCAUCUUUAUUUGCUUUCUAUAAUAGGAUUGACAUUUCUAACAACAAAUUUUGCCUGAUAAUUAUUUCAAAUUUUGUCUUUUAAAUCAUCCGGCAUUUUUUCGGUUGUCUGGGAAUUUCAUUUUCGAAAUUCUGUGGCAGCCCUGGGGAAGUUUCUUCCUACUAUCAUUAGUUUUAAUCAUUGAGAACAGAACGUCCCUGAGUAUCUUCAAUGACUUUUGUAGAAAUUUCUGUAUAAAAUUUGUAUUUUUAAAUAGAUGCCACCGAGUGCAUAUUACAAGACUGAAUCUUGCAGUCCCCUCUCAGCUCCACAUCAAUUGAAGAAUUUAAUGCAUAGAGGAUUGGCCGUACGUGGUGGUGAAUGUGAAUUUUGCUAUUUUAUGUGCGUUUGCUGUGGUAUGCCGUGCGGGUUAUGUGCUGCACGGUGUCCAGCAUGAAGGAAAACAGAGAAAAUCAGAGAGACCGAAAAAAACCUGGAAAAGCACGAAGAAGAAUGAAAAUAUUUUGCUAAACAUCUGAGACAAUAUCAUAAAGUAUGUAUUUUCCAGUUGAACGGCUCACAAUACUGAAAAAUAAACACUUAAGUUUUAGCCUGCGAAACAAAUUUGUGCCCAAACAUAGAAAAUCUACCUAAAACUUGCUGAGUACUAAGUGUCUAAGUAUUUUCCAGGAAAAUCUGACCAGCCUAACUGAGCCCCUGUAUCACUGGUGACAUAUUUUGAAGCAGCCACCACAUUUCUAUGUUCAUAGGAGCGAAGUUUCAGAUUUUAAAUGAUGAAGGUAUCAGUUUUUUAAUUAGUGGACUCGAGAUUUUGUUUGUUUUUUUUUUGAAAGAGUAUCUUUAAAGAGUAAUUUUUUUUAAUUUUAUCCGAGAAGUUGAUGAAUCAUUUAUGCAUUGUUACGCGAAAGGCUCUUUUCAAUUUUCAGUGUUUGCACUGCAUUUGAUUUAUGAUGAUUUCCUUGCUACAAAUCCUUCAACGACAUGGAUUUUUCUUUCACGCUGCCCUACGCUAGGCUUUGCAAGCAGCCUAUCCUGUGGAUUGUUCAUGAUGCUUGCGUUCUGUGGUAGUCAUUGUAGGACGUUUGGCAGAGCAUCAAAUAUAAUGCAAUAUUUCCAUCCUAUUCCAUCAAAAUUCUAUUGUUGAGAAAAUGUCAAUUAAGGAAAGUGAUUUUUGAAAAUCACGAAAUUUACAACAGACCAGCAAAAGGCUCUGUUUCUAAUGAGAAAACUUGCUGGGAUGACAUUCUAGGGUGUAAAUCAUCAUUUGAAAAAAUCAAACUGAUGAAUCGUGAAUGUAAAAUCGUUCCAAACGUUUGUAGUUACACAGAUUAGGACAUUUUGAAAGUCAUCAGUAUCAUUAAUUGAAAAAAGCUGCACCCUUAUGAAGUCUUCAUAAGGCUCAAGUCUGUGUUUGAAAUUGCCCCAUAGCCGUAUGAUGUUUUUCUCAUGGCAUAAUGUCCCUUUGUUUUGCGAUAAAAGCAUGUGUAUUGAGGCCUUUUCAGCUCAUCAUAAUUCUUGACCGUGCAAUAAGCCCUACAUUUUCCCCUCUACAGUAAGUUAGAUAUUACCAAAUAUAUAUGCGUUUUCUAUACUAGGACUAUUUUUCUUUUCAAAAUACUAUGUAUGAUUUCCAAAUCAUGUAGACCAAAUCAUCCCUCCAAAUUACUUUGAGAAAUCAUUAUUUUUAGUUAGUGUAUCUGUUUGCAUAAGUAUCAUGUAUUGUUUGUCUAAGUUUGUUAUUCAUUUUAUAUCCCUUUAAUUGCAUUUUCAAAACUUUAUUUGACGUUGUAAGUUGUUGUUUUAUUGACCAUGAAAGUUUGUUUAUCAUGUUGUCAACCCAAAAGAUUUGAUGAAAUCUCUUUGGUUUUAAAAGUUUAUACAGGCCGUCAAGUCAUUCAAUAGUUUUCAUUCUAAAUUUUUUACCGUAUGAUUUAAUCUGACCCUGCUGCAUCUAGAACUUGUAUUAUGAUAAAAUAUGCGAAAAUGAAUAAUUUUGAACACCUCCUAACAUUCCUAAACUCAUUUUCUAAAGUUGAAAAUCGAAGUACAAAACAUUCAUCACAUGUUCUUUGAGUAAACAGGAAGGAAAAUUAGUUAAAAUCAUUUCAUAUUGUUUUAUUGCUGUCAAAAUUAGGAAAAUUUUCUGUUAUAUGUUCAACCGUACCAACACGAAAAUACCUUAACUAAGCAAUAAAUUAAGUACAAAAUAAGUUAUAAGUUGGUCACACUCCUCACAUGACUCUUGACAAGAAAGCGGUCUAUCAUAGAAUCAUCAGUAUAUCGUAAACAUUGAUGCUAAGUUUGUUCAGGGUUUGGCUCAAACCUGGCCCAGCGCAGAGCUGUGGCUUCAAGUUAAUAAGUUAAUAGUUCGUUGGGACCCCAAAAAAUCUAAUUCUGUUCAUUAAUGCAAGGCUCAUAAUUUUUUUUUUUUUUUUUUU